CUGCAAUUGGAUAUUUCGACAUGCUCAUUUCAAUAGUGGAUGGACACCUCAAACCAUGUCCUUGCACUUUAAAUGGCUAGGUCUUUCUGAUUCCUAUGUUGUGUUCUUCCAGUUCACUUCAGGUGCCAGUAGCAUAUCUCAGAAAGCAGCAGUUGCUGCAUUGGGAAUGGGCUAUGCUGGUGGGGAAGCUGUUUCCACAAUGGUAAAAGCAUUCAGGGAACGGCGAGAUUUCUUGGUUAAAAGCUUUGGAGAACUGGAGGGUGUCAAGAUAUCAGAGCCCCAGGGAGCUUUUUACCUCUUUCUUGACUUCAGCUCUUACUAUGGGGCAGAGGCUGAAGGUUUUGGUAUAAUUGAGAAUUCAGAGUCCCUCUGUCGAUAUCUGCUGGACAAGGCCCAGGUAAGCUCAUGGAAAACAAAAAACGGAAAGAGAGAAACGAUGGUUGAUUAAUUCAUUAGGAGGCAC